CACGAUCGACGCUGCCACGAGACGAGCCGUAACCAAUAGGAAGUGGCUGCGAAGUCGGCGGGGAAAUUCAAACGAGUGUAGGGGUUGGGACUCCGUCUUUCCGGGGCUCUGGCUCGGUCUCCUGGAGACGGUUGCAAUUUAGAAAUGGAGGCUGAAGAGUUAAGUGGCAGAGAAUUGACAAUUGAUUCUAUAAUGAGCAAAGUGAGAGAUAUUAAGAAUAAAAUAAAAAAUGAAGACCUUACUGAUGAGCUAAACUUGAAUAAAGUCUCUGCUGAUACUACAGAUAACUCAGGAACUGUUAACCAAAUUAUAAUGAUGGCAAACACCCCAGAGGACUGGUUGAAUUUCUUGCUUAAGCUAGAGAAAAACAGUGUCCCCCUAAAUGAUGCUCUUUUAAAUAAAUUGAUUGGUCGUUAUAGUCAAGCGAUUGAAGCACUUCCUCCAGAUAAAUAUGGUCAGAAUGAGAGUUUUGCUCGAAUUCAAGUGAGAUUUGCUGAAUUAAAGGCUAUUCAAGAGCCUGAUGAUGCUCGUGACUACUUUCAAAUGGCCAGAGCAAACUGCAAGAAGUUUGCUUUUGUGCAUAUAUCUUUUGCACAGUUUGAGCUGUCUCAAGGUAAUUUUAAAAAAAGUAAACAACUUCUUCAUAAAGCUGUAGAAAAUGGAGCAGUGCCAUUAGAAAUGCUAGAAAUUGCCAUAUGUAAUUUAAACCUCCAAAAAAAGCAGCUGCUUUCAGAGGAAGACAAGAAGAGUUUAUCAGCAUCUACUGUAGUAACUGCCCAAGAAUCGUUCUUGAGUUCACAUGGACAUUUACAGAAUAGGAGUGUCAGUUGUGAUUCCAAAGGCCAGGCUACUAAAACCAGGUUUUUGUAUGGAGAGAAUAUACCGCCUCAAGAUGCAGAAAUAGGACCUCGAAAUCCCUUAAAACAAGCUAACAAAACUAAACGGUCAUGCCCCUUUGGAAGAGUCCCAGUUAAUCUUCUAAAUAGCCCAGAUUACCAUGUGAAGACAGAUGGUUCAACUGUGCCAAAUUUUGCUAAAAGUAAUAGAAAGAUAUCUGGAUCAGAAUACCGAGAUUCAGUUGUGCCUGGAACCAAACCAAGUGGAAAUGAUUCCUAUGAGUUGAGAGGUUUAAAGCCUGUUCAGACUGUCCAUUCCAAAGAUUCUCUGGUGUCCAGUGAAAAGAGCUCUGAACUUAUUACUGAUUCAAUAACCUUGAAGAAUAAAAGUGAAUCCAAUCUUGUAACUAAAUUGGAAGAAACCAAAGAGCACCAAGAACCAAAGAUUUCAGAAAAUCAGCACAAACAGUGGCAAUCAUCAAGAAGGUCAGAGUGUGUGAACCAGAAUUCUGUUGCAUUUUCAAAUCAAUGGCAUAUUCCAGAUGUAACCCCAAAGGUUGAUAAAGAGCAGAGAUAUACCACUGUUGAGCAGCUUGCCUUUUCAGUUUCAAAGCAGUCACCACCGAUGUCGGUACCUAGAUGGAUGGAUCCAAAAUCUGUGUGUGAGACACCGAGUAGCAAUACUUUGGAUGAUUACAUGAGCUGUUUUAAAACUCCAGUUGUAAAGAAUGACUUUCCGCCUGCCUGCCCAUCAUCAACACCUUACAGCCAGCUUGGCCGUCUCCAGCAGCAGCAAGCACUCAGCACCCCUCUUCAGCACUUGCAGAUUUCAGGAUUCUCUUCAACAAAUGACUGCAUUUCAGUUAAAGGAAAAAUGUAUUCCAUAUUAAAGCAGAUAGGCAGUGGAGGUUCAAGCAAGGUAUUUCAGGUACUGAAUGAAAAGAAACAGAUCUUUGCUGUAAAAUACGUGACCCUAGAAGAAGCCGAUAGCCAGACGGUUGACAGCUACCGGAAUGAGAUUGCGUACCUGAACAAGCUGCAACAGCACAGUGAUAAGAUCGUCCGGCUUUAUGACUAUGAAAUCACAGAUCGUUACAUAUACAUGGUGAUGGAGUGUGGAAACAUUGACCUGAAUAGUUGGCUUAAGAAGAAAAAAUCCAUCAAUCCAUGGGAACGCAAGAGCUACUGGAAAAAUAUGUUGGAGGCGGUACACACAAUCCAUGAGCAUGGCAUUGUUCACAGUGAUCUGAAGCCUGCUAACUUUUUAAUAGUUGAUGGAAUGCUAAAACUGAUUGAUUUCGGGAUUGCAAACCAAAUGCAACCAGACACAACAAGCAUUGUUAAAGAUUCUCAGGUUGGCACAGUUAAUUACAUGCCACCAGAAGCCAUCAGGGACAUGUCUUCUUCAAGGGAAAAUGGGAAAGCCAAGUCAAAGAUAAGCCCCAGAAGUGAUGUUUGGUCAUUAGGAUGCAUCUUAUACUAUAUGACUUAUGGGAAAACACCAUUUCAGCAUAUUAUUAAUCAGAUUUCUAAAUUACAUGCCAUAAUUGACCCUGACCAUGAAAUUGAAUUUCCUGAUAUUCCAGAAAAAGAUCUUCAAGAUGUGUUAAAGUGCUGUUUAGUAAGGGACCCUAAGCAGAGAAUAUCCAUUCCUGAGCUCCUCGCCCAUCCGUAUGUUCAGAUUCAGACUCACCCAGGCAACCAAAUGGCCAAGGGGACGACCACUGAUGAGAUGAAGUAUGUUCUGGGUCAACUUGUCGGUCUGAAUUCUCCUAACUCCAUUUUGAAAGCUGCCAAAACUUUAUAUGAGCGAUAUAAUUGUGGUGAAAGUCAUGAUUCUUCAUCAUCCAAGACUUUUGAAAAAAGAGAGGAAAGAAAGUGACCUGUAGCUACUCAUAAACUUCAAAACACUAAAAUAUGGUGGCUGGACUGUUACACUUUUGAUUCUCUGUGGAAGUGAAC